AUGUUGUUUUCUCGAGGACUUUCCCGGAUUUCGAGGAUUCCCAGAAACAGCUCCUGUUGUUGGUGGUUCCUCUCUAAUCGAUCAGAUACUCGUCCAGUUCUUCUACCCAAUGUUCUCUCUUUGCAUCCUUCGGAAUCUGAUCGGCAGGCUCUAGGAUGCAGAGAAAUCAUGUACUUGGCUUAUCCCACUUUGCAUGGUUUGGGACGUCAAAUUCAUCAUCAAAGCAGCUCUUUAGUUGAGGAACAGCUUGAUCCAUUCUCACUUGUUGCAGACGAGUUAUCGCUCCUUGCCAAUAGACUACGGGCAAUGGUAGUUGCUGAGGUUCCAAAACUUGCUUCUGCUGCUGAAUAUUUCUUCAAACUGGGCGUUGAAGGGAAGAGAUUUCGUCCAACGGUUUUAUUGCUGAUGUCAACUGCUUUAAAUGUGCCAAUACCUAAACCUCUUCCUCAUCCUGUAGAAGACCAUUUGACAAUGGAUCUACGCACGAGACAACAAUGUGUAGCCGAAAUCACUGAGAUGAUUCAUGUGGCCAGCCUUCUACAUGAUGAUGUAUUGGAUGAUGCAGACACAAGACGUGGCAUUAGUUCGUUAAAUUCUCUGAUGGGAAAUAAGAUAUCAGUUUUAGCUGGAGACUUUUUGCUCUCUCGAGCGUGUGUUACACUCGCCUCUUUAAAAAACACAGAGGUGGUAUCAUUAAUAGCACAAGUUGUUGAACAUCUCGUGACUGGUGAAACUAUGCAAAUGACUACAACAUCUGAUCAACGUUAUAGCAUGGAAUAUUACUUGCAGAAGACAUAUUAUAAGACUGCAUCAUUGAUUUCGAACAGUUGCAAAUCUAUAGCCAUUCUUGCUGGACAAACAGCAGAAGUUGCGAUAUUGGCUUACGAGUAUGGAAAAAAUCUGGGGUUAGCAUAUCAACUGAUUGAUGAUGUUCUUGACUUCACCGGGACUUCUGCUUCACUUGGAAAGGGUUCUUUAUCUGACAUCCGCCAUGGAAUCAUUACAGCUCCAUUAUUAUUUGCCAUGGAAGAGUUCCCCCAGUUGCGUACGGUUGUGGAUCGUGGUUUUGACAAUCCUAGAAACAUCGAUAUCGCAAUGGAGUACCUCGGGAAGAGUCGUGGAAUACAACGUGCAAGAGAGCUAGCAGCAAAACAUGCCAAUCUAGCUGCAGAAGCUAUCGAUUCUCUACCCGAGAACGAUGAUGAAGACGUAAGAAGGUCGAGAAGGGCACUUGUAGAUCUCACUCAAAGAGUCAUUACAAGAACAAAGUGAGAAAUCAGAUUAGUGUACACCAUCAUCAUAGUUAGAACUAUAUCUUUUCCAUUUUCAGAGGGACAAAUUCCCCUCAUAAUUUUUUCCGCUAUCAAUAUUCUUUGAAUUUAUCAACUUUUUGUUUCAAUAAUGCCUCACAAAACAUACUUUCACCUCCCCCCCUUUUGUGUAAAUUAAAAUGUGGAGCAUGAAGGUUGACCCAGAAUUUUGUUUUGUAAUUCCAUACUGAUGCACCACUUCCUGUGUCUCUUGUGGUCUUAUUGACAUCUUAUACUAAUUAGAUAUUUGGAUGCCAUUAUUCAUAGGCCCCUUCACUAUCUCAA